GGUUGCACAUUAUCCAAGAGGCUUGCUGCUGCGUGGCUGUUGGUAAGCCGACUUCGGGAAGGUUUUGAGACUGUGCGAGAGCCUUCAAGAACAGAAAGGGAGGAGAAAGCAUGGCUUUAAACCUUAUCAUUAACAGCAGCAACCCUCCUUUAGGGGCGCUGUUGGCUGCAGAGCUUGUGAAGGAUAGCGUAACCGUGUCUGUGGAGGAUGGGAAAGACAACAAACUCCACGUCUCAGAGUCGGUGCAGUUCAGCGAUGUGAACUCCAUUGCACGCUACCUUGCCCGUGUGGCUCCUGCCCUGGGCUUGUAUGGCUCCAACAUGUUGGAACAAACUGAGGUGGACCACUGGCUUGAGUUUAGUGCACAGCGUGUUUCUGGCCAGUCUGGCCUGGCAGUAUCCCUGGGUGAGCUGGACAAGGCCCUGGCCCUGCGCACCUUCCUGGUGGGCCACAGCCUGACCUUGGCUGACCUCUGUGUGUGGGCUGCACUCAAAGGAAGCAGCCAGUGGCAGUCAAUCCAGAAGCAGGCAGGAGUGUUCUCCCAUGUCGACCGCUGGUUCUCCUUCCUGGGCUCCCAGGUCCCCUUUAACACUGUCGGCAACAAGUAUGCCAGCAGCAAGGCCCCGCCGCUCAAGUCCAACUCAGAGGAGAAGGAUAAGAAGCAGGAUGUGGGGAAGUUUGUGGAACUGCCAGGAGCCGAGAUGGGCAAGGUGGUGGUCCGCUUCCCUCCUGAGGCCAGCGGGUAUUUACACAUUGGCCAUGCGAAGGCUGCCCUGCUCAACCAGCACUACCAGUUAACAUUCAAGGGCAAGCUCAUCAUGCGCUUCGAUGACACCAACCCAGAGAAAGAAAAGGAGGACUUUGAGAAGGUGAUCCUGGAGGACGUGGCUAUGCUACAGAUUAAGCCGGACCAGUUUACCUAUACCAGUGACCACUUCCCCCGCAUCCAGAGCAUGGCUGAGCAGCUGCUGAAGGAGGGCAAGGCCUACAUCGAUGACACACCGCCCGAGCAGAUGAAGGCAGAGAGGGAGCAGCGCACUGAGUCGAAGCACCGCAAUAACUCGGUAGAACAGAACCUGAAAAUGUGGGAGGAGAUGAAGGCCGGCACAGAGUACGGCCAGACGUGUUGCAUGCGGGCCAAGAUUGACAUGGCCUCCAACAACGGCUGCCUGCGUGACCCCACCCUCUACCGCUGCAAGAACGCCCCCCACCCUCGCACCGGCAACACCUACAAGGUCUACCCCACGUAUGACUUUGCCUGCCCCAUCGUUGACAGCGUGGAGGGUGUGACCCACGCGCUGCGCACCACAGAGUACCAUGACCGCGAUGACCAGUUCUAUUGGGUCAUCGAGGCGCUAGGCCUGCGCAAGCCCUACAUUUGGGAGUAUGCUCGACUCAACCUCAACAACACUGUGCUCUCCAAGCGCAAGCUCACCUGGUUUGUGGAUCAGGGCUAUGUCGAUGGCUGGGAUGACCCUCGCUUCCCCACAGUCAGAGGUGUCCUACGCCGAGGAAUGACAGUUGAGGGCCUCAAACAGUUCAUCGCUGCCCAGGGUGGCUCCAGGUCUGUCGUCAACAUGGAAUGGGACAAGAUCUGGGCCUUUAACAAGAAGCUGCCAAUUAGCUGUAUCAAGGUUAUCGACCCUGUGGCCCCAAGAUAUACUGCCUUGUCAGCAUCCUACUCUGUCCCAGUCAUCAUUCCAGAUGCACUAGAAGAGAUGAAGGAGGCUGUCAAACACCCCAAGAACUCAGAGGUGGGGAUGAAGGAGGUGUGGUAUGGACCCAGGGUGCUGGUGGAGGGGGCAGACGCAGAGACCUUCACUGAGGGAGAGAUGGUCACCUUCAUUAACUGGGGCAACAUAAUCAUCACCAAGAUACACAAAGAGGCCAACGGUAAGAUCACCUCCCUGGAGGGCAAACUGAACCUGGAAAACAAGGACUACAAGAAGACAACCAAGAUCACGUGGCUGGCCGAGACAGCCUGCGCCCCCCUGCUGCCCACCGUCUGCGUGAACUACCAGCACCUCAUCACCAAGCCUGUCAUGGGCAAGGAUGACGACUUCAAGGAAUACAUCAACAAACAGAGCAAGCUGGAGGAAAAAAUGCUGGGAGACCCGUGUCUGAAGGAGCUGAAGAAGGGGGACAUCAUCCAGCUGCAGAGGCGGGGCUUCUAUAUCUGUGACCAACCCUACGAGCCAAUCAGUCCCCACAGCUGUAAAGAGAGUCCCUGUGUGCUGCUGUACAUCCCUGACGGACACACCAAGGAAAUGCCCACCGCUGGCUCCAAGGAUAAGAGCAAGGCCGUUCCUACCGCCACACAUACCUCGUCAACCAAGAGCAAUGCCCCCACAGCACCCACCCCUACCACCCUUCCCCCUGUUGCUGCUAGCGACGCCAGUGCCAUUUUCUCCGGCAUCAUGGCUCAAGGCGAGAAGGUGCGUGAUCUGAAAGCUGCGAAGGCCCCCAAGGAGGAGGUGGACCAAGCAGUAAAGGAGCUGCUCUCACUCAAGGCCCAGUUCAAACAGCUGACAAGCCAGGACUACAAACCAGGCAUGGCCCCACCCACCAGCUCCACCCCUCAGAAGGCCUCAUUUCCUGCGUCGUCUUCUGACAUUGCCUCCUGCCCCUUUGCUCGCGUCGCCCAGCAGGGGGAGCUUGUGAGGCAGUUGAAAUCAGAGAAAGCGCCAAAGGACCAGGUUGAUGCUGCCGUCAAACAGCUUCUGGCUUAUAAAGCUGAAUUCAAACAGAUCACCGGCCAGGAGUACAAACCAGGGAUGACCUCUCCUGCCCCAGCCAAGACUGCCCCAUGUGCCUCACCGUCUUCCUCAAGCCUAUACGAACGUGUAACUGAACAGGGAGAAACUGUUAGGAAGCUGAAAUCUGAGAAGGCGCCAAAGGACCAUGUUGACGCUGCCGUGAAGCAGCUCUUAGCCCUGAAGGCAGAGUACAAACAGGCCACAGGUCAGGAUUAUAAACCAGGCGUUUCCCAGGCCCCCGCCGCAGCCCCGCCCCCAGUCCAGAGCACCCCACCCCCCACAGCCACUCCUGUCUCUGGACUCUACGAUCACGUGACUGAGCAGGGCGACCUGGUGAGGAAAUUAAAGACAGAGAAAGCCCCCAAGGACCAGGUGGAUGCUGCUGUCAAGCAGUUGCUGUCACUCAAAGCCGAAUACAAGCAGGCAACUGGCCAGGACUACAAACCAGGCAUGACCCCGGCUGCUGUCCAGGCUUCCCCUGUCCUGGCUACCCCUGCCGUCCAGCCCCAGUCUGGCUCUUCCCCUCAGGCACUUUUCUCCCAGGUGUCUCAGCAGGGCGAACUUGUAAGGAAACUGAAAUCUGAGAAGGCUCCGAAGGACCAAGUAGACAGUGCUGUAAACCACCUGCUGGCCCUGAAGACCCAGUACAAGGCCCUCACUGGACAGGAUUACAAACCUCUGGCAGCCACCGGAGCCUCGGGAGGCGAGGACAAGAACCGCAAGGACCGAGAGAACAAGUCUGAGAAACAGGGUGGUGGAGGAGGUGGAGGGAAGAAGCAGCCGAAAGGAGAAAAGAGCAAAGAGGCCUCACUGGGAGGCGCGGGGGGAGGAGGAGGAGGAGAGGGGGGUCCCAAGAAACAGACACGGUUGGGACUGGAGGCUAAGAAGGAGGAUAAUCUGUCUGAUUGGUAUUCUCAGGUGAUCACUAAGGCAGAGAUGAUCGAGUACUAUGACGUGAGCGGCUGCUACGUGCUGCGGCCCUGGUCCUACUCCAUCUGGGAAUCCAUCAAGGAGUUCUUUGACCGGGAAAUCAAGAAGCUGGGCGUCGAGAACUGCUACUUCCCUAUGUUUGUCUCGCAGGCCGCCCUGGAGAAGGAGAAAUCCCACAUCGCAGAUUUCGCCCCUGAGGUUGCCUGGGUGACACGGUCAGGGGACACUGAGCUUGCGGAGCCCAUUGCUGUUCGACCCACUAGUGAAACUGUGAUGUACCCUGCCUACGCCAAAUGGGUCCAGUCCCACAGAGACUUGCCCAUCAAACUCAACCAAUGGUGCAAUGUCGUGAGGUGGGAGUUCAAGCACCCGCAGCCCUUCCUAAGAACCCGAGAAUUCCUCUGGCAGGAAGGACACACUGCAUUUGCCACCAAAGAGGAGGCUGCCGUAGAGGUAUUACAGAUCUUGGACCUAUAUGCACGCGUGUAUGAGGAACUGAUGGCUAUUCCUGUGGUGAAGGGCAGAAAGACAGAGAAGGAAAAGUUUGCUGGAGGAGAUUACACCACCACCGUGGAGGCCUUCAUUUCUGCCAGUGGCAGAGCCAUCCAGGGAGCCACAUCCCACCACUUGGGCCAAAACUUUUCCAGGAUGUUUGAUAUUGUGUUCGAGGACCCCAAAAAACCGGGCGAGAAGCAACUGGCCUACCAGAACUCGUGGGGCAUCACCACCCGCACCAUCGGCGUGCUGACGAUGGUCCACGGGGACAACAUGGGCCUCGUGCUGCCCCCAAGAGUUGCUUGUCUCCAGGUGAUCAUCAUCCCGUGUGGUAUCACGGCCUCCCUGCCUGAGGCUGAGAAGGAAGCUCUGCUGGCACAGUGCUCCAAGUACCUCACCCGGCUACAGAGCGGAGAGAUCCGGGUCAAGGCCGACCUCCGAGACAACUACUCCCCCGGCUGGAAGUUCAACCACUGGGAGCUUAAGGGCGUGCCCAUACGUCUAGAGGUGGGUCCUAAGGACCUGAAGCAGGGUCAGUGUGUGGCCGUGAGGAGAGACACUGGGGAGAAGAUCACUCUGCCCGAGGCCGACACAGAGAAGAGGCUCAUUCAGCUACUUGAGGACAUCCAGACCAAUCUCUUUAGGAGGGCUUCAGAUGACUUGAACAAACACAUGGUGGUAGCAGACAGCAUGGAACAGUUCCAGAAAGACCUGGACUUGGGCAGGAUUGUCCAGAUUCCCUUCUGUGGAGGAAUCGAGUGUGAGGACUGGAUCAAGAAGACCACUGCCAAGGACCAAGAUCUGGAGCCUGGUGCCCCCUCCAUGGGAGCCAAGAGCCUGUGUAUCCCCUUCAAGCCCCUUAAGACACUGCAGCAAGGCCAGAUGUGUGUCAGUGGCAAGGAGGCUGCUCAGUACUACACCCUGUUUGGUCGCAGCUAUUAAAUACUCAAAGGAAGGGUGUCUAAAAUGUCUCCCUUGCAUUGUCACUUCUCUUUGGUCUAAAAAUGUGAAAGAGCUGGAUAGGUGAAAACAAAGAAUUUCUGUGUCUACAAUUUGUUUGAACCAAUCCUGUGCUUUUCUGAGACAAGAAGAGUUGACUUAAGACUCUGAUGCACUCAGUCCACACACUUUAGUCCGUUCACUUUCUUUAAGCCCUAAUCCUUGUUGCAGCAGUGGCCCUACCUUCAAGAGUUUGCAGGCCACUCUUCAUAGUCAGCUAUUUUAUUCAAAGAUAACCUUUUCUUUUUAUGCUCGGUGACACAAUCUAUAUUUUUUCCCUUACUGCCGCCCACCUUAACUUAAUCUCAGGACCUUUUACAGGUAGAAAGCUGAUCUGGUUUUCUGGCAAAGUGUAUCAUUUAUCUCCCUACAAACUGAACUGAUAUUGACCUCUCCUUAGCAUAAUUAAUGGGAGUUUACUAUAGGUGGAUGGGUAGGGUUGAUUCCUGGAAUCUGUAGCCACUAACCAUGUUUGUCCUGAGUACAAACUCAAAGGAAUACUAAAUACCUUGAUGUUCUACGACAUAUCUGUACUGUACGGAGUUCCUCCACCUAAUGCAAUUGUAGAAAUAAAAGAUAUUCCUGAAAUUC